AUGGUUGGCCAACGGAGACUUCUCCUCACUGUGGCAACCUGCCUGUUGCUCCUAGCAACCAUCUGUCCCACCUCAGGGGCUCGUCGUGGUGGGGGCUUCGGUCGUAGUGGGGGCUUCGGUGGGGGGUGGGGCGGUAGUAGCCGUGGAGGUGGGGGUUACCCUCGUCAAGGUGGAGGCACGGGAUACCGACCAAUGCCAUCCUCGAGUGGACAGGCAUACCGACCAAUGCCUGCCCAGAGUGGCGGCUCCAGUGCGGGGAAGAUGGCAGGGGCUGCUGCUGCUGGUGCCGUGGGGGGAGCAAUGCUGGGCAGUGCGUUGAGUCGUCCUGGCUAUGGAGGAGGAUAUGGGGGGUAUGGAGGAGGUUAUGGAGGUGGUUAUGGAGGCUAUGGAGGAGGCUAUGGGGGGUACCCCAGAGCUGGAGGGUAUGGCCCCAGGCCUGGUGGCUAUGAAGGUCCAGAGGGCUCUGGGGACAUGGGGUACUACUAUGGAGCAUCCAGUGGGCCCAUCUAUAACAGCAUCAUCGUCAUCAUCGGGUCACUAAUGUCAUUGGUGAUGGGGCACUGGGUGGGAGUGAUGUAG